CCUGGAGGCAACAGCAUGAUGCGUGCAUUUUUGGGCAGCUCAACUGAUGUUUUUACAUUAAUAGGAGUAGCAUGUGCAGCAUACUUAUCUUUCAAAUUUCUGAGAGGCUAUCUGAAUGGAAUCAAGACAUACUUUUUAGCCCGAAGUCUAGGGCUGUCAACGAAUAUUAAGCGCAUGGGAUCGUGGGCCGUGGUGACAGGAGCCACAGAUGGAAUUGGAAAGGCUUAUGCAGAGCAGAUUGCUGAACAAGGCAUCAAUGUUGUUUUGAUAAGCAGAUCUUUGGAUAAACUUCAGAAUGUUGCCAAGGAGAUUGAAUCCAAGUCUAAGGUGAAGGUUAAGACUGUUGCUGUUGACUUCAGUCAGGGCAUUGAAAUCUAUGCAAGGGUCAGGACAGAACUGGAUGGUUUGGACAUAGGAGUGCUAGUGAACAAUGUAGGGAUGGGAUAUCCAUGCCCAGGGAGGAUCUUGGAUUUUGACCAUAUUGAGAAGAUGUCUAUGGAUCUCAUUAAUGUCAACAUCACUUCCAUGACAAUGAUGACAAACCUGGUGCUGCCUGGAAUGGUGAACAGGAAGAAAGGGGUGAUUAUCAAUCUGUCAUCUAUGUCAGCGAUGAAACCUACGCCCAUGCUGAGUAUCUAUUCAGCUGCCAAGGCAUAUGCAGACUUCUACUCAGCUUGUGUUCAUGAGGAGUAUAAGUCUAAAGGUGUCAUUGUACAGAGUGUCUUGCCUGGAUUUGUUGCAACAAACAUGUCUGGUAUAAAGAAAACCUCUCUGCAGGUGCCGUCUCCAACCACCUUUGUGCGCUCUGCCUUGGCUACAGUUGGGGUACAAAACAGGACCAAUGGCUACUGGGUACAUGAUCUUCUGGGUAAGCUGAUCUACGAAGUGAUGCCAACCUGGCUGUUUAACAGCAUGGUCAUGUCUACAAUGGCUAAACACCGAGCUAAAUUUCUGAGGAAACAGCAGCAGCAGUCCAAAACGGAUUAACAAGGAUCAAAGCCACUUUGAAAAUAAAACUAUGGACAAAUCUAAAUUUUUGUGAAUUGUUCACGGUAAUAUCAAGUUGUAUGAUCAGUGCCCGUGGUGAUCAUGUCGUAUUGAUGUAACGUUUUUAUUUUUAAGUCGUUAAAUGUUUUUCUCUUUUAUAAUAUCUCAAUUUAUAAUAAUUUCACCUGACUGUAAAUAUUGACUGUUACCUUAUACAUGGUAUGUCCAUCUUACAAUACAGAUCGUUGUGGUUAUUCUCAGAGGGUUAUGGAAAGGACAGUGCAGAAUUUCCAGAUAUGCAAUUUUUUAUUCUGAAGGUUUUUGAUGUGUCCAAAAUAGAUGGGAAUUCUCCUUUUGUUAACUUACAGUCCUUAAAAGAAAGCAUGUUAAUAAUAAAAAAAACGGGGCCGAGGCUCUUAGCAUGCACGUUUUGCACAGUAACCUAGGAGCCUCGCACCAAUGCGGUCCCUGAGAGUUCAAAUCCAGCUCAUGCCGUACAUGAGAAGGCCUGACAGCAACGUGUGGAUGGUCGUGGGCUUCCCCCAGGCUCUGCCCGGUUUCCCCCCACCAUAAUGCUGGCAGCCACCGUAUAAUUGAAAUGUUAUUGUGCACAACAUAAAACACCGAUAAAUAAUAACACUGUUUAACAUUAUACACUUCUUUAUGAUCUACCAUGUACAUGUACUGACAUACAUCGGUGAAUUUCACUUGAAAUUAGUGAUUUUGUUCCUAAUGUGUUUUUUAUAUAAAAGGGCCUAAAACCUUUAUGCUCACGAGAUGAAUAAAGCGUUAUGAUAAU